UCUGCGGGAGGCGGUAGCGAUUAGUCGGGUCUGUGUCCAACAUGGCGGCCACUGCGACCACCAACCCCUCUCAGCUGCUGCCGCUCGGUAACCGGCGCCGCGACGCUUCCGCGCUCUCCCGGUGCCCGGGCGGGGCUGCGCUGGGAGCUUGUGGACAAAUGCAUAGGUUCACGCAUCCAUAUUGUGAUGAAGAGCGAUAAAGAAAUCGUUGGGACACUUCUAGGGUUUGAUGACUUUGUCAAUAUGGUACUAGAAGAUGUUACAGAAUUUGAGAUUACACCUGAGGGCAGAAGAAUCACAAAGCUAGACCAGAUUUUGCUCAAUGGAAAUAACAUAACAAUGCUGGUUCCUGGAGGAGAAGGACCUGAAGUAUGAAUUCAACAGUUAUCAUCUAUGAAGACAUGUUAUAUAGAUGUAUAAUCUAAACAGGGCUUUUGGGAUGUGGGUGGAUUUUGGUGUGGAUUGUUUUGUUUUGUUUACACACUCUUGCAGUUGACAUUUGAUAAAAGAUGAGGAGUUCCUCUUCAGAGAAGGUGCGUUGCUAAUGAUAACGCUGACUUGUGUGUUUAACUCAUGACUUUUUGUAAAGGCGCACUGAUCUAUUCUGAAUAAAAGCCUUUCUUUUUGUUA